AUGACAGCAGCAAGGGAAACAGCAGUACAGGAGAUGGACAAGGCAGCCACCUUGCCUGAACAACAAAGAGUCUUGUUAGGCAACUGGGGUGCUAUUGUUAAUUUUCCUCAGGCCCUUCGAGCCCUCCUUGCCGACACUGUGCUCCAGUUCCUGCUUGGAUUUACUCUUGGCAACGUGGUGGGAAUGUAUCUGGCUCAGAACUAUGACAUACCAAACCUGUCUAAAAAACCUGAAGAAAUUAAAAAGGACGUGGACGCCAAGAAGAAACCCCCUAGUUCAUGAGGCCGACUCCAGCACUGCCUCCUGGAUAAACUGAUUCUACUGUU